CUGAACAGAGUGGAUUGCUACUUUCGCGAAGCUGCUGUUUUUUCUGUCAGUUCUUUUUUCUACUAGACGCCAGCUACUGUUGAAAAUAUAAAGAUACUAAACACAUAACAUAUCAUCGAAGAAAGCAACGGAUUGAAGCUAGGACCGAAGAGAGCACACGAACGUGAAAUUAGUAUUUAGUUGGACAAACUCACUUCAACAUAAAGAAAAUCAAAAGAUUUCCGAAUGAAGUCUAGUUUAUUUGAUUGAUGAAGGUGAAAGAUUAUCUCAGUGAAUGUAGAAGGUGUUUGACUGAAUAAAUAAUGCUCUCGGAAUUGUUUGUCGUUCAGAGUGGAGUGAAUUAACAUCACUGACUGAUAAGUGUUAUCAUAGAGUGUGCGCAUGUUGCUGUGAAGCAAAACUUUGCGUUGGACCAAAAAAAAAAAAACUCUUGUUAGUGCACACAAAUCAAAAGAAAUUACAUACUUUGAACACAUUAAGUGAAUUGUUCGAAGAUAAAUACAAACUUGCGAAUGAAAAGUGAAACGUACAAUUCACGGUGACGGUGGCAAGUGGUGCAUGCAAAUUUAUGCUACUUAUGCAAGCGAAAGUACGCAAUUAAAAACGUUUUACUGAGUUAUUUAUUUAUACUAAUUAAAGUCUAAACGGAUUUUGAAAACUCGUAUCAGCUAAAAUGGCGCAAGAGAUGAUGUUUUAUCCAAAGGAAACGACUCCACAGACCGUUCCGGCUGGUGAUUUUACGUCAGACUUCUUCGCCUCAUACGCAGAGUUGUUUGAUUUGUCACUAUUGACACCAAGUGAUAGUGAGGUACCACUAAGCCCACAGUCCCAGCAAAAUCUUCAGCAGCAAGCGGCUAUUCAAACUGAUGCUAAUCAGUCACUCGAAUACAUCCCGGCAACGAUUUUUCAUGACGUACCGGCAUUGGUGCAACAGACGUUGCAGCAAAUGAAACAGGAAAAGUCAGUAUCCUGGACGGAAAACCUCGAGGAAUCUUCAUUGAAAUCCGCUUUGCAGGAGCAGCUGCAAGCAGGUCCUCAGUAUCAAUACUAUACUAGUACUUUGCUAAGUACUCCCCAGGAACAAUACGCGGUUUAUCCGCCAUCGCCGACACCCUCUAUUCCGGAUUUUCAGAGUCUCAGCAUUCCGCAGCCAUCUUCCAGUGCUUUAGUCUCAAUCAAGCAAGAGUACUGUUCACUCCCACCAUCUCCACCGGAUUCUAACGGAGCACCGUCACCGGUACACUGCACAGAAAUUAAAACCGAGUUUGACGUUGAACCAACAAUCGAUAUUGACUCCUUACUUGGUUCACCGAGGCAAACAGUAAAAGCAGAUUUCCCGAUAAAACAAGAGUUUCAGAUAUUGCGCGAACAUCUCCAGGAUACUAGUUUCCAACGUAAGCAUAACUUAAAACCACUUGAGCUGGAGUCGUUGAUCGGUGGUUUGACGACCCGUGCCGACAUAGGCUCGGUCUUUGAACUAGCCCUGCAGGAUGUUCAGGAUGGAAUACAGGCUACUUGCAACGCACUGGGAAUUUCGGUUGAUCCUCGUCAGUGGUCAACCGGUCAGGUUAAACAGUGGUUGGGACUGGCGUUGGCCAAAUACAACCUGACCCCACCGGUAAAUAUGGCCGUUUUAUUCCCGGAAAAUGGUGAGCAGCUGGCACAGCUCUCGAUCGACGAAUUUGUGCGACGCAUACCACAGGGUGGUGACAAACUGCAUGGGCAUCUCGAGCUUUGGAAGCAAAUCUACCGAUCUACGAUUGUCACCGGCGCCACGUCGACCGGACCGGCGGACGAGAUCAAUCCUUCUGCUCAGGACUCCAGCUCCCUUGAUACGGAAUCACUCAACGGAGACAACAGUGAGGAUGAGGACGAAGAAAUGGUUCUGGAUAAUUCAACGGCCGACUCUACAUCGUCGAUUGGACCCUCUGGAUCAACUCCAAUGGUCGGCAGUUCCACUAGCACCUCCAAACCCCGACAAGGUGGAUCCCAUAUUCAUUUGUGGCAAUUUUUGAAGGAACUUCUCGGCUCUCCGGACCAGCAUCAGAGUGCCAUUCGAUGGAUCGAUCGAAGCAAAGGGGUGUUCAAAAUCGAAGACUCGGUUCGCGUGGCACGUCUUUGGGGAAGGCGUAAAAACCGACCAGCCAUGAAUUACGACAAGCUGUCUCGGUCGAUUCGACAGUACUACAAAAAGGGCAUUAUGCAGAAAACUGAGCGAUCCCAGCGACUAGUUUAUCAAUUUUGCCAUCCGUAUUCAUUGUAACGCGGCAGUUCGUCGUAGAUUGUUUGCAUGUGCAUAUGUUUGGUCGAGUGUGUUUAUCGCGCAGGUACCGCGCUGUGAGAUUCAGUCUGUUUAUUGUUUAUUCUAGGUUAUUUUGCGUUAUUUACAAACUUGUGGUUGCGUGGUUGAGUGGAUGUGUAUUUAACGUGUAGAAUGUGUUGGCAGCAUAGCGUUUGAAUCCCAACCAGUUCAUUCGAAAUUAUUCCGAAUAGUUGAGAUUUACCCAUUCUAUUUCAAAUUUAAUAAUAAGUACCCAGCAAUCACUCUUUUGUAUUAUCGUAUCAAGUUUCGAUUGGUGACAAGUGGUAUUAACUUGUCCCGCGGAAGAUAAUAUUCUUAAAAUGAUGUGAUUUAUAAGACACCCGCAAAUAUUAUCUUGUCAUCUCGGGUUGCCUUGGUUAACAUUUCGUUAGUAUGACGGAAAUUGUUCCUAGGUGAAAUCUCUAUUAUCAGAAAUCUUCUGGAUUAUGUUCACAAUUCAUCAUAUGGUGAGCUCCUACUUCUUUGGACAGUCAUAGAAUUCUUCUUAGCAGGAACCAGAUAUCUCUGCAAUGCACUGAGGAAGGUAAUUUCUUUUAGUGUGAGUGUAUAAUCUGGGAUAAGAAAUAUGAAUUUCAGGCUGUCUGCGAAGUAGUGUUCUCGGUAGCCGUAUGGAACGAAAUCGAAUAUAACACGAGAUCUGAUUUUUUUUUAGUUUUUGCUGUAUUGCUUACCGUGUGAUCCAACUGUGAUGGUUUCUUGAUCUCCAUGGUGGCUAGACAAGAUCCACAAGUAGGACGCCGGUAAUUUUGGUCCCAUAUAUCUAUGAUAUAUUUUUAUUGUAAGUUCUAUGAACGAUACAAUUAAGAUGGUUUCUUUUUCGAAUAAAUACAAUGAUUUCUAUAAAUGAUUUUAAGUUUAUUAUUGUUAGCAUACAGUAAUUAAUUCUUAGUUCGUAAAUGUACAUAUAAAUUUGUUAGGCUAUCGUUGCAAUAUAGUUAAGCUAUCCGAUCGCACUACUGCAAAGCGAAUCGACAUAGAUUUAUUGUUACUUAAUAUGAAGGAAAAAAAGUCUUCGAUGAGAAACAAGAGCUCAUUUUCUUAUCGAAGACUUUUUCGUAAACCCAAUAAAACACUCGAUAUAAUAAGUUUGAAAUCUGUAAUGUUUUGAAUAAGGUUUUUCAAUGUAUUGUAAUGAAAUGGUAUUUAUAGUCAUGUAGUAUGGUGGCAGGGUACUAUUUUAGAAUGAUACAAAUUCAAAAACAGGAUUUUCAAGACCUAGCUGUAAGCACUCCAAAAACGAUUAACUAAUUGUGAUCUAAGUGCCUUAAUCAGAUAUUUAAUAAUAACAUAUAUACCUACUUUUUUAGUUUUACGAUCCGCUCAAAUUAAUGGUGGAUCAAAAUUAUUCACGUGGACAGCUUUCCGUACUACGAAAUCAUUUCAAACGUGUCACAGACACCUAUUAAAUUGAUAUUUAGUUAAGUUAAUCAUGAUAUGCCUAUCAAUUUGAUAUUUAGCUAAGUUAAUCAUGAUAUGCCUGUAAAUCUAUUUAUGAUAUUAAAUAAACGGUCUAACCACAACUCCAUA